AUGGAAUCUGGGAAGAGAGAUGAAGUUGUCACAAUAGCAAUGAGCAAGGGGCAAUUGUCAAUUUCACAGCUUCAUUCCAAGAAGAAAAAGUCAGUAGAAGCUGGUAAAGUUAAGUUCAUUCCUCAGGAAGAAAUCCUUAAGCUAUCUUCAAAGACCUUCAACGAGUCAAGAGGUCAGAAACUAAACAUUGCACGUUUUGUGGAGAUUUCCCUUUCUGCUGGUGAUGUUGAGGACAAGGAAAAUGGUAUCAAGAUUUUUAAGGAGGACUGGGGAAAAUUGCAUAUACACAUUGCUUCAUACAACAACUUUCCCACCGCUGCUGGAUUGGCUUCCUCUGUUGCUGGUUUAGCUUGUUUUGGUAAUAUACAAAUUUUAAGUCUUUCUUCUUUUCAUACAGAUGUAGUGUUGUUUUAA